GUACUUUAGCCCUCCGAAUUUAGGGGCGCCGGCUGCCGGGACCUGAGGCGGUGUGCGGCCAUGGACCGCGGAGCUGCGGCGGCCCAGGGCACUGCCCCGCCUCAGGAUGGAGAGCAGCCCGCAGAGUCUCCGGAGCCGCCACCGCCGUGGCCGCCGCCGCAGCCGCCGCCGCCACCGCCGGCGCGGGUUCCUCCGCUGCUCCACGCGCCUUUGCCAGAACCCGCACCGCAGUUCUGUCCAGAGCCUGCUCCAGAACCCGGUCCGGAGGCGACCCCAGAACCAGCUACAGAACUAGACACAGAACCGAUCCCAGAACCAGAGACAGAACCGGCCCUAGAGCCAACCCCAGAACCAGCCCCAGAACUAGAUGUAGAAUCGUUCUCAGAACCAGCCACGGAACCGGCCCCCGAGCCGGCCCCAGAACCAGCCCCAGAACCGGUCCCCGAGCCGGCCCCAGAACCAGCCCCAGAUCCGGCCCCAGAGCCGAUCCCAGUACCAGCCGUAGAACCGGCCCCCGGGCCGGCCCCAGAACCAGCCACAGAACCAGCCACAGAGUUCUGCCCUGAGCCGGCUCAAGUGUCCCGUCCGGAGCCGAGCCCAGCACCACGUCUAUUGCAGUGCCCAGUGGUCGCUCCAGAGAGGGGUCUAAAGACCUCUCCAUCGCCCCGAACGCCAGUGCUGCUGUCCAGUAUAAAGAAAAUAUUGAAGGAAGGACCUCUGCUGAAGAACUGUAACUCCUUCAAGAGAUGGAAGCUUAGAUAUUUUCUGGUUCGAGGACAAAGGCUCUGCUUUGCACAUCAUCCUGCGUUUGCACGUUUUGAAACUAUUGAUCUGUCUCAAGUUGCCUUGGCAGAAAGCAGUUGCAGAAACCUUUGCCACAGUUUUUGCGUGAUCACACCACAGCGAAAAGUUACGCUAGCUGCACCCAACCGAAAAGACAUGGAAGAAUGGAUUAACGUAAUAAAAACUGUGCAACAGGGAGAAAUUCGUAAGAUACCUGCAGCAGAAAACAAUCCUUUUCUUGUUGGAAUGCACUACUGGUACUCCAGCCACAGUUCCAGAACCCAGCACUGCAAUGUUUGUCGGGGAAGCAUUCCUGCCUUAUCUCGAAAUGUUAUCAUCUGUGAAGUGUGCAAAGUCAAGUCUCACAGACUAUGUGCUUUAAGAGCAGGCAAAGAUUGCAAAUGGAAUACUUUAUCCAUUACUGAUGACCUCCUCAUGCCCGCAGAUGAAGUAAAAACUAUGCCUCAUCAGUGGGUAGAAGGAAACAUAUCUUCCAGUUCUCAAUGCGCAGUAUGUCAUGAGAACUGUGGCAGUUACCAGAGACUUCAAGAUUUCCGGUGUCUCUGGUGUAAUUCUACGGUGCAUGAUGACUGCAGGAGACGGUUUUCCAAGGAAUGCUGGUUCGGAAGUCAUCGAUCAUCAGUCAUUCCUCCCACUGCCCUCAGCGACCCCAAAGGUGAUGGCCAAUUAGUAGUAUCUUCAGACUUCUGGAAUCUUGAUUGGUCUUCAGCCUGUUCAUGCCCCCUUCUCAUCUUCAUCAACUCAAAAAGCGGCGAUCACCAGGGGAUCGUCUUCCUCCGGAAAUUCAAGCAAUACCUCAACCCGUCUCAAGUGUUUGACCUGUCGAAGGGUGGACCAGAAGCCGGGCUCUGCAUGUUCAAGAACUUUGCUCGUUUUCGCAUCGUGGUUUGUGGUGGCGAUGGCAGCGUGAGCUGGGUCCUGUCUCUGAUUGAUGCCUUUGAAUUAAAUGAACGGUGUCAGCUGGCAGUCAUCCCGCUUGGAACCGGUAAUGAUCUGGCCCGUGUCCUAGGCUGGGGUGCAUUCUGGAACAGAAACAAGUCACCUCUGAACAUCCUCAACAGAGUGGAGCAAGCUAGCGUGAGGAUUCUAGACAGAUGGAGUGUAAUGAUCCGUGAGACUCCCAGACAAACCCCAUUGCUAAGAGGACAAGUUGAAAUGGAUAUACCCCGAUUUGAGGCUGCUGCCAUCCAACACUUAGAAUCUGCAACCACUGAGUUGAACAAAAUCCUGAAGGCCAAGUAUCCGACAGAGAUGAUCAUCGCAACCAGAUUCCUGUGCUCAGCAGUGGAAGAUUUUGUGGUUGAUAUCGUAAAGGCCUGGAGCCGGAUAAAACAGAACAAUACAGCAAUAGAGUCUGUGAUUUUGAAAAGUGACUUAAUGUAUGACAAGCUCAGUGUCCUGAUUGAUAUCCUUGCUGAAGAUGCAGCAGUUGAGAAGAGUACUACAGCAUAUGCAGACAGUGCCACGGCAGAUGGAAAGCCCUUCGUCCCACAAAUUGACCACAUAGCCAAGUGCAAGAUGGAGCUGGCCACAAAGGCCCAGAAUCUCCAGAAGUCCUUGAAACUCAUCAUAUUCCAAGUUGAACAAGUUCUUGAUGAACAAAGCCGACAGACAAUAUCAGUUAAGAACUUUAGUUCAACUUUCUUCCUGGAAGAUGACUCAGAAGAUAUUAACCAGAUGAGCCCAAGACACCGUUCUCGUCUUGGUACUUUGUCUUCUAUAUCUUCUCUCAAAAGUGAAGACCUAGAAAACCUCAAUUUGGAACACUUAUAUUUUACACCUGAAAUGAUACGCUUCAAAGAAAGGUGUGUCAUGAACAACUACUUUGGAAUUGGACUAGAUGCUAAAAUUUCUCUGGAAUUCAACACCAGAAGAGAUGAACAUCCAGGACAAUACAACAGCCGCCUUAAGAACAAGAUGUGGUAUGGCCUUCUGGGAAGCAAGGAACUCUUCCAGCGCUCUUACAGGAAACUGGAAGAACGAGUGCACCUGGAGUGUGAUGGAGAAGCCAUCUCCUUGCCAAACCUGCAAGGCAUUGUAGUGCUCAACAUUACCAGCUAUGCCGGAGGCGUCAACUUUUGGGGAAGCAGCACAGCAACAACAGAAUAUGAGGCUCCUGCAAUAGAUGAUGGGAAGCUGGAGGUAGUGGCAAUCUUUGGUUCCGUACAGAUGGCAAUGUCCCGUAUCAUCAACCUGCAUCAUCAUCGCAUUGCCCAGUGCCGCGAGGUGAUGAUAACCAUCGAUGGUGAAGAAGGUAUCCCAGUGCAGGUGGACGGAGAGGCCUGGGUUCAGAGGCCAGGCCUUAUCAAGAUUAGAUACAAGAAUGCUGCCCAGAUGCUAACAAGAGAUCGGGACUUUGAGAACUCAAUGAAAAUGUGGGAGUGCAAGCACUCUGAAAUCCAAGCUGCCUCUCAACCCCAGCUGGACUCCCAGGAAUCUCAAGAUAGCCUCUCUGAUGAGGAGUAUGCCCAGAUGCAGCGCUUAGUUCAGCUUGCAGAAAACCUCAUCAGCAGACUUACUGACCUAAGCAAGGUCCACCAGCAUGUGCCUGUCCUCAUGGAUUCUGUGAAUGCCAGUGCUAACAUCUUGAACAACAUAUUUUACAGCCAAGACAGCACCAAUGAGGCAGGUGCAGCUUCCUGCACUCCCAUUGAGACGCUAACCAGAAAUGACGCAGUCGAUGUUACACUUAGUCUUAAAGGGCUCUACGAUGACACCAAAGCUUUCUUGGAUGAAAACUUGCUGAGAAAUGCUGAAUAUGAGGCCACACUGCAAACUUCCCUGGAUGCCAUGAGUAAGGAGUUCGAAAAGCUAUCCAAGAUUGACUGGAUGAAUUCCAUCCUCGUUCCGGAGGAAAAAUCUUCAGACACUGACAGUAGAAGCCUCAGAUUGAAAGUUAAGUUCCCCAAAUUGGGGAAGAAGAAGCCAGAAGAGGAAGACAGGCCUAAAUCAGGCCAAGGCAUCCAGGGUUUUAUUGGUAAUUUGUGGCAUCGCAGACAUCGCAGAGAUGAAGCAAAAGAUGAUGAUCUUCCAACAUCAUCAGAAUCUCAACUAUAGUCCUUGAAGGCUAGAUGGAAGGAGAACUCACAACGUUUAGGAUUCUGCU